CAUCAAGUAAGCAACCGGCUAAUUCCCAACGUCCACUGGGUAUAUUUGGCUUUUAUUUUAAAAACUUUAGUCUACCAGUUUGAUACAUCAUGGAGAAAAGACCAAUCAAAUUUGGGAUUAUUCUUACUUUGGCUGUUUCAGCACUCCUUUUCUUUGAUGAUGUUGUGCCUGCUUCCCAUUUACGGAGGGCAACACCCAGCAGCAACGACAAGACCACCCCAGCUACGCUGUCCGCCUACUACAUAUGCGUCAGAAUCACCAACCGGAUUUACACUGAGUCACUCAAUAAUCAAAGCUCUAAGGAGUACAAACAGCUGAGGAAACAGGUGGAGCAGAUGGUGGAUGACGUCCACAGCCCUUUGCCAGAGUCUGACAAAUAUAUGGGUGUAUUUGAUAUCAUUUUCAGUAAUGGAUCCGUCAUUGCAAACUCGACAGUAAUGUUUGGGACUACAUUCAUGAUCACUCCAACUUUGGUUAAAAGUCUAUUUUCCACUCAUAUCCAAUCAAAUAAAUCCAAAGCCCUUGACCUGGACCGCGUCUAUACUGAAGGUCAACUUCCAAUAAAAGCCACACUACCUCUUGUAGCACGUACCACAGCAACCGCAGCUGCCUUAGUUAGUACCCUCACAAACACCACCACUAGUCCUGACAAAAACAAUACAAUUAGCAACAUAACCACCCCUAGUCCUGAAGACCAUAACAGUACAAUUAGCAACAUAACCACCCCUAUUCCUGGAGACCAUAACACUACAAUUAGCAACAUAACCACCCAUAUUCCUGGAGACCAUAACACUACAAUUAGCAACAUUAACCACCCAUAUUCCUGGAGACCAUAACACUACAAUUAGCAACAUAACCACCCCUAGUCCUGAAGACCAUAACAGUACAAUAGCAA